AUCAAGGCCACAGAGAGAAAAAUGACUGGAGCGAAACGUCUUUAGUACAAAGAUGUGUCUUCACAUUGUGAAUUUGAUGUCUGAAGAAGCUCCAAGACCAAAACAUUGUCUAUAAGAGAUCAGUGACCGUGAAUUCCGGCUUUUGUUUAUACACUGAAAAAAUGGCACUCUACCUGCACAACACAUGUUGAAUGAACAUGUGCAGCAAAAUGCAAGCUCUGAAUGGUGAAAAGCUUUACAACCUGAUCAAAAGAAGGAAUUACUUUGUUUCUGUGAAACAGACUCAUGGCUUCUGGAAGGCUCAAUUGAAAUAGUCAUGAAUCUUUACUUAUAUACAUGAGCCUUCGUCCAUUUACCCACACAGCCAAGUGACUCAAAAAUAACCCAUUUACAACAUCUGCGCUCUGAAAGCAUCUUUGUUCACAAUCAUGCAGUGGAACUACUGUGAUUUCAGCUGUACAGCAAGACUGUUGUAAAAACAGUCAUCCUAAGGCAGUUUAGAAGGAGCAACAAAUUGGUGCUGGGUGUGUGCAAUGUGGAGUGGAGUCUGAAGAGACGAUAAACAACCAGCUCUCUCUUCUCUGCCAGUCUCAUGUCCUCGGCGUGGAGAAUGUGCCAUCUGCUCUCUCUUUGUGGAAUCAGAAUUUUCAAAAUAUCAUGAGUUACAUGUCCUUCCUGAACCUUGAUAAUCGUCUCUCCUCUUCUCCACCCUUCACUUUAACUUUAUCCUCCUCUGCACUUUAGUGCUCUUUUUGAGGGAGAGCCUUCUUGGAGGAUUUCUUAUAUAUCUGUCUUCUCUUACAAACUGUUCUCUUCAUCCUCCAGUCCUACCUCAUCCCUUCUCUUUUGGGGUUAUUCUCUCAAUCUACCUCUGUGUUUUCUUCCUUGUUCCUCUCCUCUCCAUCCAGCUCUCCUCUGCCAUGUGGUGGUGGCUGCUUGGUGUUUUGAGUUGUGUGCUGCUGGUGGUGGUCGUCAUCUUCUUCCUGACCACCGGGAAACGAUACAAGGUGUUCAGUGAGAAGUGCCUGAGGCCACCGGAACCCUUGGUCACCGACAGCCGGCAGAGGGACGAUAGGCUGAAGAGAGGGUUUCGUGCAGACCGCGUUCCCCCGGCUCUGGAUGCGAUUGUGAUUGGCAGCGGUGUCGGAGGUUUGACAGCAGCAGCGCUUUUGUCUAAAGCCGGCAAGAGGGUUGUAGUCCUGGAGCAACAUGAUCAGGCUGGAGGCUGCACACACACCUUUCAGAAUAAGGGAUUUGAGUUUGAUGUGGGUAUCCAUUACCUGGGCCAGCUUCAUGAGGGUAGCCUGCUGAGGGUUGCUCUGGAUCAGAUCACAGAGGGACAGUUGCAGUUCACACGGCUGGAGCAGCACUUUGACACACUGUUCCUGGGUCUGCAUGACCAACGCAGGGAGUACCAUAUCCAUGCAGGGAAGACUGAGAUGGCAGAGAGCCUGAAGAAGCAGUUUCCAGGAGAGGAGGAGGCCAUUGAUGAGUUCAUGAGAUUGAUGAAGCUAGCCUCACGGCGGACGCCACUCAUCGCCACCUUGAAGAUCAUACCUUAUUGGCUGGCUAACUUCCUGGUUCGAUCCGGCCUUUUGAAUCUCAUAUCUUCAGUGUUCCAACUAGCAGCAACCAACCAUUCAGAAAUGAUGUCCCGCCUCACAAAAAACAAGGACCUGCAGGCACUGUCUGCCUACCUGUUCUAUGGUGUCCCUCCUAAAGACUCCAGCUUUCUCAUCAACGCUCUCCUGCUUCACCACUACAAGCGUGGUGCGUACUACCCACGGGGGGGCGCCAGCGAGUUCGCCUUCCACAUCAUCCCGGUCAUUCAGCAGGCGGGCGGCGCUGUGCUGGUCAGGGCUUCUGUGCAUCGCGUCCUGCUCAACCAGCAAGGGAAGGUCAUCGGUGUGACGGUGCUGAAAGGACAAGAAGAGAUUGAGGUCCAUGCCCCUGUUGUCAUUUCCAACGCAGGAAUCUUCAACACCUUCCAGAAGUUUCUGCCUCAACCCGUGCAGGACAAACCAGAGAUCCAGUCGUUGUUGGGUUUGAUGCGUCAUGGUAUGGGUUCGUUCUUGGUCUUUGUUGGUUUGGAUGGAACCAAAGAGGAGCUGGGCAUUGUUUCCACCAACUUUUGGAUGUAUAAAGACAAUGACUUGGACUCACUUAUGGAGCGUUACUCUUCUCUGAGCAGAGAGGAGGUAUUGGGAAACAUUCCCAUGAUGUUCAUCACCUUCCCAUCAGCUAAAGAUCCUACAGCCGAUAUCAGACACCCAGGUAAGUCCUGCAUGACGUUGCUAACCAUGGCUCGCUAUGAGUGGUUUGAGGAAUGGGAGGGGACAAAGCUUGGCAAGAGGGGACAGAACUACGUGGAUAUGAAAAACAGUAUGGCCCAAGAGAUGCUGGACUGGGCACUAACAAUCUUCCCUCAACUGCGGGACAAGGUGGUGAUGGUGGAUGCUGCCACUCCUCUCACUAAUGUCCACUAUUUGGGUGCUCCAAGAGGUGAGAUGUACGGUGCUGAACACAACCUGGAGCGCUUUACCCCAGACACAGUUGCCAGGACAAGACCGCAGACACCGAUUGAUGGACUCUACCUAACAGGUCAGGAUGUAUUCUGUAACGGCAUGGCUGGGGCGCUGCACGGUGGACUGCUCUGCGCCUCUGCCGUCCUCAACCAGAUCCUCUACAUUGACCUUCUAGCCCUGAAGACUCGCAUUAAAAACAAACAAAAGAAAAAUCACAAGAUGACCUGGUAGCGACAAGGCUGUAGUGGCGGGUAAACAUGCGUAAGCAAUGUUUCAAAUUCUGAAAUAGCAUUUACACAGCCUACCCUGAGCUUUUACACAUGCUUUAGGUAAGGCGAGGCAGCUUUCUAACACAUUUGAAACACUUGUUUCUGUUGUAAAUUUGAGGAUAACUUAAGUUCUUUGUUUAACACUGUAUCCUCAUAUUGGUACCAGCAGCAACCCAGUACCCAUUCGUGCUUUGCAAGAACAAAACAAACAAAAAAGAAUUACAAUUCAAACGGACUGGCAUAUGACAUCAUCAACGUGCUGCCAACUGGCUCAAAUAAUAGUAAUCUGUCAUUCAAAGGACCACAAAAUAAGUAGCCCCUUAUGAGGCUAUGAGAUAAGGCCAAAGUUAAACCACCCAGUUUAAGAUAGUUCAAGUAGCUUGACUGUAAAUUCUAUAGCUCAUAUAACCUAACAGAAUCCGAGUAGCUUUAUUCGCCAAAUGUACACAGGAAUUUGACUAAGUGACACUGCACAGUAAAACUAAAAAAGGUAAAAGUUUAAAAGGCACACUAGCUACAAGUGUGCAAGAGAGUUUUUGGAAAUGUUGAAGUGCCCUCUCAUCUGCAUGCUAAAUGACCUCUUUCACAGCAAUUGGCACAGCCUGUAAUUUAGGGUUGUUUGAAUGAUUUUAUGCCCCACCCACAUUCAGUGAAAACCUACACUGCCUCUGAUUGGCUGGGGCUUGUUGCCUUCUUUGCAGAAUUUGUUACUGAAUUGAUUUCAACUCAGAUGAAGAUCAUGUCAAGAUCUUCAUCAGCAACAUGUGGUGUUGGCUCGGCAUGCAUGCAAAGCUAGUAGCUAAAAGCUUUUUUUUUCCAUUUUCACAAGCUCAACAAUAAACUUUCACGACCAGAUAUGGUAUUUCAUGUUACAAUUUGUCUGUCCUAUCCAUGUACCAGACAAAAGUUCUGACCUGAACAAAAUAUUCCCACUGCUAUAUGCUACUGUUGCUGUGUGAAACAAUCACUAAUAAAGCACUAACCUUCAGGGCUUUUCUGCAUUAGAUUAGAAGGUUUUCACAAUUCCUAUACAACUCCUAUAUAUAAACACGUAGCCACAACUGUACUUUUGCUGGAUCUUUUGUGCCAAUUAGCAUGCUUUCAUUGGAAGCAUUGUAUCUGCUAAACUUCUCCAUGUUAGCAUCAGCAUUGCGAGCAUGCUGAUGGUUCAAUGUACCACUGUACCUUACUGUGGCCUUACAGAGCUGCUACCAUGGCUGAAGACUCUAUCAUUUGGGGGGGAGGUAUGAUUGAAUUAAGUGCAGAAAAUAAUCAUUGGCAUAUAUCAUCCUAAAGCCUCUAUAUUUCUGUUUCACUUACAUUGUUUUCUGCUAAAUGCCUCAUGCACUUAUAUCUGGCACCAGGAACAAGAAGCUGUCUGUAUAUUUGGACUUCCAAUCUGUUAAUUUGGAAUCCUCAAACUGCAAAAAUGUAUCCUCCACCAUUUGACCCUUCUACUUUUACCUGGGCCAGAUGU